AAUGGAUUUUAAGAACAAAUGGCUCUUACUUCUUCUUCAAAAUCCUAUCUUGGGUAAGAAAAGUAUAAAUCUUUUUCAUUUAAUUGGGAAAAAAAGGUAGAAGCUUUUAACUUUUGGGGGUGGUUUAAUGGCGCUUACAAACAUAUUUUUGCGUUUCAAGUUUCCACCUUUACAAUCAUCUUCAUCUUCCACAUUCAACACUUUAAUCACUCCCAGAAAACUCUCUUCGAUCGUUUGCUCCAAGCCCUCUUCUAAUGACGGCGGUAAAGUGGCUAACGACGGUGGCGCAAAGCCGCGGAAGAAGUUAUCGGAGCAGUCGUCGUGGGAAGUAAAAGAUUCGGAAGGGAAAGAUUAUCUCUACAGGCUUGGCGCAGAGGCUGAUAAUGUUAACAUAGCUGUGGGAGCACGAAGCGACAUGAUCGAUGAUGUUUUCAUUGGAGACUUCCUUGGCAAAGACUCUGAUAUUGUGUUUGAUUACCGUCAGAAGGCGACGAGGUCAUUUGAACAUCUUCAAGGAGAUUAUUACAUUGCCCCGUCGUUCCUGGAUAAAGUUGCGGUCCACAUUGUGAAGAACUACCUUGCACCUUCUUUAAAUAUAAAAAUCCCAUUGAUCUUAGGUAUCUGGGGAGGUAAAGGACAAGGCAAAACGUUUCAAACUGAACUUAUAUUCAAAACCAUGGGAGUUGAGCCAGUUGUAAUGUCUGCUGGAGAGUUGGAAUCCGAUAGAGCUGGGGAACCGGGAAGACUCAUACGUGACCGCUAUCGAACAGCUUCACAAGUCAUCCAAAAUCAAGGGAAGAUGAGUGUUCUCAUGAUUAAUGAUAUUGAUGCUGGCCUUGGUAGAUUUGGGGAAACACAAAUGACAGUGAACAACCAGAUAGUUGUUGGUACUCUGAUGAAUCUUGCGGAUAAUCCUACAAGGGUAAGUGUGGGACAAAACUGGAGAGAAGCUGACGUUGUAAACAGAGUUCCUCUAAUUGUCACAGGGAAUGAUUUCUCUACAUUGUAUGCUCCACUGAUCCGUGAAGGAAGGAUGGAGAAGUUCUACUGGCAGCCAACUCGUGAUGAUAUCGUAAACAUUGUUGGCAGAAUGUAUGAGAAAGAUGGUAUAUCGCGGAAAGAUGUUAUAAGCAUUGUAGAUACAUUUCCAAAUCAAGCACUUGACUUCUAUGGUGCUUUGAGGUCACGCACAUAUGAUAGGUCUAUCCUUAAGUGGGUAGAGGAAGCUGGAGGAAUGGAGACUCUAGGGAAAACUCUUCUCAGACGUAAAAAGACCGAAGCUGUUCCUCAAUUCAUUCCCCCUGAGCAAACGAUGGAAGCAUUGCUGGAAUCAGGAUACUCACUGAUAAAGGAGCAAAAGCUCAUCAUGGAAACAAAGCUGUCCAGGGAGUACAUGAAGAACAUGGACGAUUAAUACCAAAUACCAAACAAACAUUGAUUCAUUCUUACAGUGAGUUUCAGUGAACACAAAUGUUACAAAAAGCUUAAAACAUAACCAAAUCGCUUUAUAGA